CUCCGCGCAACUCUCCAUUCAUAAACUCUGACCAUCGUCUGUCAUCCGAAAUCGAAAUCCGCAGAAUUUCAUAACAGUAGUGAGAGGUGCAUGAGAUGAUUAGUUUUGUUCGCAAAAUUCUUUGAAAUAUUGUUUCUAUUUAGUGUUACAGUGAUUAAUCAUUCAAAUCUAGAGAACAUUAUGUCCUUUGUGUCAACGUCGCAAACCAAACCAUGUUGAGAUUAGCGUUGUUCAAACCGUCCCUCACCGGACGACUGCUGUCCGGCACUCUCCGAACCCUAUCCACGAAUGGAGGAAGCAACCUUUCCAAUCAUCCCGCUGCCUUCAAAUCCGAUAACUCCCGUCUCCAGCAGCUGAACAAUGCCCAGCUGCGCCAGCUAAACGAUGAAUACCGUGCGGUCCUCCGGUUGCUGUCCCGCUCCUCCGGAGUACCUCAGCAUAUUCUGAGUCGCAGUUUGCACAGUUCCGUGCGACGAUUCCAGCAGAAUCGUGACGAAGGAAGUUCCUCCGGUUCCGGACCAGAUGGAAAGAAGCCCAAGAAUGACGACGACAAGGAGAAGAUGAUGUCGCUGGUGACGAAGACCCUGUUCUGGAUGGUUACCGUUUACAUGCUGGUGGGCUUCCUGACGAUGGUCGUUCCGAACAAGAACCGCCCGGAGACGACGACCCGGUACGUAAGCUGGCACGAGUUCGUGCACUACAUGCUGGCGGUGGGCGAGGUCAAGGAGGUGGUCGUCCAUCCGGACAUGGAAAUGGUCACGAUUCUGCUGCACGACGGAGCGGUCAUCAAGGGGCGGAGAGCGCACUCGAACAUCUUUCACAUGGCCGUGGCCGAUGUGAAUAAGUUCGAAGAGAAGCUGCGGCAGGUGGAGAAGCGACUGGGAAUUAAGGAUGGAGUUUCGGUGCAGUUCGAGAGGAGUGGGGAUGUUAGUGGACGGAUUCUGUUCACGCUGAUUGCGACCGGAGUGAUUAUUGCGCUGCUGAGCCGAAUGAGGGGCAUCCGGGGACCGAUCAGUAUGGAUUCGUUUACGCAAAUGGGCCGCGCCAAGUUCACCCUGGUGGACCCCGUCGAGGGAGGUCGUGGCGUGUACUUCAAGGAUGUCGCCGGACUGCAGGAAGCCAAGCAGGAGGUGAUGGAAUUCGUCGACUACCUGAAAGCCCCGGAGCGCUAUCAACGUCUGGGGGCAAAGGUUCCGAAGGGGGCACUUCUGUUGGGACCUCCUGGAUGUGGUAAGACGCUUUUGGCUAAGGCGGUGGCCACAGAAGCGGCUGUGCCAUUCCUUAGUAUGAACGGAUCGGAAUUUAUCGAAAUGAUUGGUGGAUUGGGGGCAGCUCGAGUGCGGGAUCUGUUCAAGGAAGCCCGUAAACGAUCGCCUUGUAUCAUCUAUAUCGAUGAAAUCGACGCCAUCGGAAGGCAACGAGACGGUGGCGGUAGCUUCGGUGGGGUGAGUUCCGGAGAAUCGGAACAAACGCUGAACCAGCUGCUUGUGGAAAUGGACGGAAUGGCUUCCAAGGAAGGCGUUCUGAUGUUGGCCAGUACGAACCGGGCGGACAUUUUGGACAAGGCUCUGCUUCGCCCAGGGCGAUUCGAUCGACACAUUCUGAUAGAUUUGCCGAAUCUGACCGAGCGAAAGGAAAUCUUCGAGAAGCAUCUCUCCGGAAUAGCGUUGGAGGCCUCUCCGGACAAAUAUUCAGCUCGCUUGGCUACGCUAACCCCGGGAUUCUCCGGAGCGGACAUAGCCAACGUGUGCAACGAAGCGGCUCUCCACGCGGCUCGUUCUAGUCAGAAGACGGUCAUGACCAAAAAUCUAGAAUACGCCGUCGAACGAUUGGUGGGCGGAACGGAGAAACGGUCCCAUGCACUGUCGCCAGUCGAACGGAGGGUUAUCGCGUUCCAUGAGUCUGGUCACGCGCUGGUUGGCUGGUUGUUGCCCAAUUCGGAUGUGCUCUUGAAGGUGACCAUCGUGCCGAGGACGAGUCUGGCGCUGGGUUUCGCGCAGUAUACCCCGAAGGAGCAGAAGCUCUACACCAAGGAGCAACUGUUCGACAAGAUGUGCAUGGCGCUGGGAGGACGAGCGGCGGAGAACAUUACGUUCAAUAGGAUAACCACCGGGGCUCAAAACGACCUGGAGAAGGUCACCAAGAUGGCGUAUGCGCAGAUCAAGUACUUCGGCAUGAGCAAAACCAUCGGUCCGAUUUCCUUCUCCGAAGAGUCGGAAUCGGACCCGUACGCCGCCAAGCCGUACUCGAAGCAGAUGGCCAACCUGUUCGAUGUGGAAGCCCGCCGGAUGAUCACCGAGGCGUACGAAAAGACCGAGCAAAUCCUACGGGACAACGGCGACAAACUGCGCACCCUGGCCGAAGCUCUGCUCGAAAAAGAAACCCUUAACUACGACCAGGUGGUGGAGCUGAUCGGGCCACCGCUGUAUGACGACGCCAAGCGCAAGAUCGAACCGGUCGAGUUCGAGGAUAGCCUGAAGAAGUUGGCCAACGGCGGAGAGGAACCCAAGUGAGAGAGGUUUUGUUGAAUAAUAAAUGGCUUGUUGAUUAUUAGAAUAAAUGAUGCGUAUUAUUCCUA